CCGCAGGGCCCGCGGAUUUUCCCAGCAACCGGCAGUCGCCUGGGCAGACACUGUCGAGAUGCGGGGCCCGCAGUUUCGGAUCGCUGCGCACCUUCUCUGCUUGUGGACCGCCGCACUGGCCGCGGCCCCGGGGCCUCAGUUUCUGGUGACAGCCCCUGGGAUCAUCAGGCCAGGAAGAAAUGUGACUAUUGGGGUGGAGCUUCUGGAUCACAGUCCCCCACAGGUCACUGUGAAGGCCAAGGUAUUGAAGAGGGCAUCAAACGUCUCUAUUCCUGUCCUGGAAGCAGAAGGGGUCUUUGAAAAAGGUUCUUUCAAGACACUUGUUCUUCCAUCCCUACCUCUGAACAGUGCCAAUGAAAUUUAUGAGCUACGUGUCACUGGUCAUUCCGAGGAUAAGAUUUUAUUCUCUAAUAGUACGAUCUUAUCAUUUGAGACCAAGAGAAUAUCUGUCUUCAUUCAAACAGAUAAGCCCCUGUACAAGCCAAAGCAAGAAGUGAAGUUUCGUGUUGUUACACUCUCCUCAGAUUUCAAGCCUUACAAAACCUCUUUAAACAUCGCUAUUAAGGACCCCAAAUCCAAUUUGAUCCAACAGUGGCUGUCAGAACAGAAUAAUCUUGGAGUUGUUUCUAAAACUUUUCAGUUGUCUUCCCAUCCAAUAUUUGGUGACUGGUCCAUUCAAGUUCAAGUGAAUGACCAGACCUAUUUUCAGUCAUUUCAGGUUUCAGAAUAUGUAUUACCCAAAUUUGAAGUUACUUUGCAGACACCUUUAUAUUUUUCUUUGAAUUCUAAGAGUUUAAAUGGUACCAUCAUGGCAAAGUAUACAUAUGGGAAGCCAGUUAAAGGAGACGUAACACUUACAUUCUCACCUUUAUCCUUCUGGGGAGUAAAGAAAAAUAUUACAAAAACUUUAAAGAUAAAUGGAUCUGCAAAUUUCUCUUUUAAUGAAGAAGAGAUGAAAAAAGUAAUGGAUAUUUCAGAUGGGCAUUAUAACCACAUGGAUGUUUCUUCCCCUGGGCCAGUAGAAAUUUUAGCCACAGUAACAGAAUCACUCACAGGUAUCUCUAGAAAUGCAACCUCCAAUGUGUUUUUCAAGCACCAUGAGUAUAUCAUUGAAUUUUUUGAUUAUGCUACUGUCUUGAAGCCAUCUCUCAACUUCACAGCAACUGUGAAGUUAACACGUUCUGAUGGCAAUCAGCUGACACCUGAAGAAAGAAAAAACAAUGUAGUUAUAACAGUGACACAAAGAAACUAUACUAACUACUGGAACAGGUGGAGCAAAAACCAGGAAAUGGAAGCUGUCCAGAUUAUGAAUUUCACUGUCCCCCCAAACGGAAUCUUUAAGAUUGAAUUCCCAAUCCUGGAUGAUUCCAAAGAGCUGCAAGUGAAGGGCUUUUUUAUUGAUAGUGAAAGUAGCAUGGAAGUUCAUGGUAUGUUUAAUUCUCCAAGUAAGACAUACAUCCAGCUGAAAACAAGAAAUGAAAAUGUAAAGGUGGGAUCACCUUUUGAGUUGGUGGUUAGUGGCAACAAACGAUUGAAGGAGCUAAGCUAUAUGGUAGUAUCCAGAGGAGAGUUGGUGGCUAUAGGCAAACAAAAGUCAGCCACCUUCUCUUUAACACCAGAAAAUUCUUGGGCUCCAAAAGCUUGUAUUAUUGUGUAUUAUAUUGAAGAUGAUGGGCAAGUUAUAAAUGAUGUUCUAAAAAUUCCUGUUCAGCUUGAUUUAAAAAAUAAGAUAGCUCUAUAUUGGAGUAAUGCUAAUGCUGAACCAUCUGAAAAAGUCUCUCUCAAGGUCUCUGUAACACAGCCUCAUUCAAUAGUGGGAAUUGUAGCUGUUGACAAAAGCGUGAAUCUGAUGAAUGCCUCAAAUGAUAUUACAAUGGAAAAUGUGGUCCAUGAAUUAGAACUUUAUAGCACAGGGUAUUAUAUAGGCAUGCACAUGGAUUCUUUUGCAGUAUUUAAGGAAUGUGGCCUCUGGGUUUUGACGGAUGCAAACCUUACCAAGGAUUACAUUGAUGGUGUUUAUGACGAUCAAGAGAUUGCCGAGAGGUUUAUGGAGGAAAGUGACAGUUAUUCUGUAGAUUUUCAUGACCUUCCUUCGAUUAGUAAUCCACGGGUCAGAAAGCAUUUUCCAGAGACUUGGAUUUGGCUAGACACCGACAUGGGUUCCAGGGUUUACCAACAAUUUGAAGUUACUGUACCUGAUACUAUCACUUCUUGGGAGGCUACAGCUUUCGUGAUCUCUGAGGACCUGGGUUUUGGAUUGACAGAUGCUCCUGUGGAGCUACAGGCCUUUCAACCAUUUUUCAUUUUUUUGAAUCUUCCCUACUCUGUUAUCAGAGGUGAAGAAUUUGCUUUGGAAGUAACCAUAUUCAAUUAUUUGAAAGAUGCCACUGAGGUUAAGGUAAUCAUUAAGGAAAGUGACAAAUUUGAAAUUCUAGUGACUUCAAAUGAAAUGAAUGCCACAGGAUACCAGCAGACCAUACUGGUUCCCAGUGAGGAUGGGGCAACUGUUAUUUUCCCAGUCAAGCCAACACACCUAGGAGAAAUUCCCAUCACAGUCACAGCUAUUUCACCCACGACUUCUGAUGCUAUUACUCAGAAGAUCUUAGUAAAGGCUGAAGGGAUUGAAAAAUCAUACUCACAAUCCAUCUUACUAGACUUGACUGACCCAAAGCUACCAAAGACUCUGGAAACUUUGAGUUUCUCAUUUCCUCCUGAGACAGUAAAUGGUAGUGAAAGAGUUCAGAUCACUGCAGUUGGAGAUAUUCUUGGUCCAUCUAUCCAUGGCUUAGAUUCACUGAUCAGGAUGCCUUAUGGCUGUGGGGAGCAGAACAUGAUAAAUUUUGCACCAAAUAUAUACGUUUUGGAUUAUUUGACUAAGAAAAAACAACUGACAGAUAAUUUGAGAGAAAAAGCACUUUCAUUUAUGAGGCAAGGUUAUCAGAGAGAGCUUCUCUAUCAAAGGGAAGAUGGCUCUUUCAGUGCUUUUGGGAACGACGACCCUUCUGGGAGCACUUGGUUGUCAGCUUUUGUUUUAAGAUGUUUCCUUGAAGCUUCUUCUUACAUAGAUAUUGAUCAGAAUGUAUUACAAAGAACAUACACUUGGCUCAAAGGACGUCAGAAAUCUAAUGGUGAAUUUUGGGAACCAGGAAGAGUGAUCCAUAGUGAGCUUCAAGGUGGCAAUAACAGUCCAGUAACACUUACAGCAUAUAUUGUGACUGCUCUACUGGGAUAUAAGAAAUAUCAGCCUAAUAUUGAUGUGCAAGAUUCUAUCAACUUUUUGGAGUCUGAAUUCAAUAGAGAAAUUUCAGACAAUUACACUCUAGCUCUUAUAACGUAUGCACUAUCAGCGGUGAGGAGUCCUAAAGCCCCGGAAGCUUUGAAUAUGCUGACUCAGAGAGCAGAACAAGAAGGUAACGACACCAUUAUGGCCUUGAAGGCCCUGUCUGAGUUUACAGCCCUAACGAACACAGAAUGGACAGAUAUCAAAGUGACAGUAAUGGAGCUUAGUGCACCAAGUUCUGUAAAGUUUCGGAUUGAUGAACAGACACGUUUUCUCCUUCAAUCAGCAGAGCUUCCUGUGGUACAGCCAACUACAGUUAAUAUUUCUGCAGAAGGUUUUGGAUUUGCUAUUUGUCAGUUCAAUGUUUUUUAUAAUGUGAAAAAUUCAGAAUCUUCUAGAAGAAGACGAUCUCUCCCAAAUCAGGAAGCCUUUGAUUUAGAUGUUGCUGUAAAUGAUAAUGAAGAUGAUACCAACCACUUAAAUUUGAGUGUUUGCACAAGGUUUUUGGGGCCAGCCAGGAGUGGUAUGGCCCUUAUGGAAGUUAACCUACUUAGUGGUUUUACUGUGCCUUCAGAUGCAAUUCCUCUGAGCAUGAUGAUUAAGAAAGUGGAGCAUGAUCAUGGAAAACUCAACCUAUACUUAGAUUCUGUAAAUGAAACCCAGUUUUGUGUUGAUAUUCCUGCUGUGAGAAACUAUAAAGUUUCAAAUACCCAAGAUGCUUCGGUGUCCAUAGUGGAUUACUAUGAACCAAGGAGACAAGCGGUGAGGAGUUACAACUCCAGAGCGAAGCUGUCCUCUUGUGACUUUUGUGAAGACGUCCCUGGCUGCAGCUUUUGCAAUGCAGGAGCUGCAAACUCCAUUCGUCACUCUUCAAUCAUUUUCCUUUUAUGUUUCACACUUCUGUACUCUUUGCAACAUUGGCUCUGA